CCCGAGGGAGGGAGGGAGGGGACCUCAGGAGACACUCAUCAUGACGGGAUUUUCCCCAGGCUGCUUCGAGAGGCUAGGGAGGAGAUUGCUGAGCCGCUGGUUCUGAGGUGUCUCAGGGGACCAACGUUGGAAAUGCAGACUCUGUCACGGAAAGAGGUUUUGAAUCAUUCAGAGGCAGAGAGUGAAGUGAGUGGCAGUGCUGAUGGGCUAGUGCUCAGGAACGGGAUGUUGGUCGCCGUCCCCAGUAACAACACUGACAGCCGUUCGCCAGCAGCAGUCUGGGAGACCAGGAUCAAAGGAGAGACUGUUCAAGAAACUGCUUCAGCAGCAGAUCGAUCACACAUGGAGGGGCUUCUCAAGGAGCUCAAGGAUUACCGAUAUGUGUUCCCAUACGUUGUGUCCGGGAAGAGGAAGCGGAGUUUAGCUGCCUUACAGAAGGGGAGCUAUCCAAACCACGUCACCAUCUUGGUGGAGCUCGCAGGGGAACAAUUGACGCUGGAUCUCAGCAGGAACACUCUCCUGUUGCCGAAAGGUUUCCAGGUCUCCCACUAUGAUUCAAAUGGGACUCUGGUGACAGAGCAGGACCAGGAACAGAGUCAGUGUUACUACGAGGGCUCCGUCAGAAACUUCGCCAGAUCUGUGGUGUCGGCCAGCACCUGCUCAGGACUCAGUGCUCUGGUUGUUCUCAGUAAUCGAACUUACGUCAUUGAAUAUCUUGAGGGAUCUGAGCACGGACGACAUUUAAUGUACAGACCUGAAGAUCUCAAGUCAGUGCCCAGUAGGUGUGGAGUCACAAACACAUCCCCUGGAUCAACCCUGGCUGAGGAGCUCCAGCACUUCCACCGGAUGAAGAGGAGUGUGCUGCAGGAGACGAAGUACGUUGAGAUGGUGCUGGUGGCAGACAAUGCAGAGUACCAGAACUGGGGGAGCAAUACAGAUGCUGUGGUGAAGCGGAUGCUCAUUAUUGCGAACACGGUGGACUUGUUCUACAGACCACUGAACAUCCGUAUAGCUCUGAUUGGAGUCGAUGUGUGGACCAGGGACCAAGUCACAGUGGACAGGAGUCCUAAGAGAAUGCUGGCCCGGUUCCUUCAGUGGAGGAAGACUUCCCUGCUCCCACGACAUUACAACGACAACGCCCAGCUCAUCCUCGGUGGCAUUUUUGAUGGGGGCACGGCUGGUCUGGCAUCGUUCGGCACCAUUUGUUCAGCAAGUGAGUCUGGCGGAGUAAACCUGGACAGUCAGAUGAGCUUCCUGGCAGUUUCAGCUACCGUUGCUCAUGAGCUUGGACACAAUCUCGGAUUGUCUCACGACACAACCACACGGAAUUGUCACUGUCCAGAUAAGGUUAUUGGCUGCAUCAUGGAAGAAGCAAUGGGCUUUGAAUACCCAACACAUUUCAGCAGCUGCAGCAAAGAUGAUCUGAAUGGAAAUCUGCUCUACGGCGGAGGGAUAUGUCUCUACAACUUGCCCAAACUUGAGCUGCUGGUUGGGGGCCGUGAGUGUGGCAACAUGUAUGUGGAGGAAGGCGAGGAGUGUGACUGCGGCAAGCCUGAUGAAUGUAAGGAUCCCUGCUGCCAGCCAGCAACUUGUACAUUCAGUGCUGGUGCAGUCUGCUCAUCCACUGGUUCCUGUUGUAAGGACUGCAAGUUUCUCCCAGCAGGAACAGUCUGCAGACCAAAGCGGGGAGAAUGUGACUUGCCAGAGUUCUGCACAGGCCGAUCCCAGGACUGCCCUGACAAUCACUACGUGAAAGAUGGCCACACGUGCAGUAAUGGAAACUUGUACUGCAGCCAGGGAACUUGCCAGUCUGCAGAUCGGCAAUGCCAGGAGAUCUGGGGUGCCGAUGCGAAAUCUGCUGAAGAGCUUUGCUAUGAAAUUACGAACGAAGUAGGAAACAAGUAUGGGAACUGUGGCCAAGACGAGAAUGAUGAAUACAUUGCAUGCAAGCCUAAGGACAAACUGUGUGGAAAAAUCCAGUGCAAGGGUGGAAGCCCAACUCCGCUGCGGGGAGGAAUCAUAAGUGUGGUAACAAGCACGCUGGUUUACCAGGGUGUGAAGUACGAGUGUCGAGCAACAUUCGCCACGUUAGGUGAUGCCAGCAGUUCUGAUCUCAUCCACCAGGGAACCAGGUGUGGGGAUGGCAAGGCGUGUAUUGAUGCCAAGUGUCAGGAUGUGGCACUGUUCAAUGUGGAAAGCUGUGACAAGACCUGCAACAACAAGGGGGUUUGUAACGAUAAAAACAACUGUUACUGUGACAUUGGCUGGGCCCCUCCUUAUUGCAAUUCCAGUGGGGUAGGUGGCAGUGUUGACAGUGGACCUGUGAAAGAAGAACAGAAAGUUUUCACAGCUGAACCAUCUCAAAGGUCAGAAAUGACUACACGUACCACAACGGAGCUUCACACGCAUGGCAAAGAAUCUCCAGCUAAGCAGUACCUGGCCACAGUGCUCCCUGCAGUGCUGGUGCCGCUCCUGGUCCUGACAGUUGUCGCUUUCACCGCCGUGUGGUUUCUGAAGAAGAAGAAGAUGAUAUCUGAACGCACCAGUGCAUCGUCUCCCUCAUAUCCGCCAGGUGCAACAAGGACUUCAGAGAGCACCUUUGUGUUUGUGGCUGAUGGUCAGCUCGUUCACACACACAGACCUCACCUGGGUGGCCAUGCCGGACUGCAGAAUUCACUCCCCAAAACCACAGUGUGACAGUGCCAGGCGAUUCAGACAUCGACCAGAUACAACAACCCAUCCACUGUACACGAUAACUACAAGUGCCGCUCGUGAUCACACCUGUUCUCCACGUUCACCUUGUAUUUAAACCCUGGAACAUGUGGGGAAGGUGUGCUGACCAGAGACAAUCCAUGAACACAAUCCUGUUUAAUCUGAUCGAUAUCCCACUGAAGCAAACAUUCACAGUGGGACAAGAAAGUACGAGGGUGAUCUGCUGAGCAACCGGUACUCUUCCUGAUGAUGAACUUCGGCUAUUUACUCAGCAAUAGUUCUUAUGCAGAGCGUAAACAAUAGCACACCAAGUGAUUGUUUGUGCUUUAUCAUGGGAAUACGGCUACUCCUGGCAACUUCGUGAAGAUCUAACUCUGACCAAUAAACUGAUCAAACAAUGACCAAACCACAAGUUACCAAUAGCAGGACUAAAUGGAGUCGAUGGCUGAAACUUAUAUUCAAUGUGUUAGGUGUAUGGAAAUAUUUGGGGACCUCUCUGGUGAGGCUUUAUGCUGCUUUAGAUAUUAUGGGAUUCAAGGGAUGAGGGGUUAGCUCAGAACAGCGGGGCUGAGGUGAAGGCUCAGCCCUGAUCCUGUUGACUGGCAGAGCAGACUCACCGGGCCCGAAGGCCAACUCCUGCUCCUUUCCUGUGUUCACAUCUUUAAUUGGAGGGUUUAGUGUAGAACAAUGCACUGUCAUCACUGACAUGCUGCAAAGAGAAAAACUUUUCUUGCUGAAAGCUUCCAUCCGUGGAAUGUUACUUGUCUAAUGGUAUCACUCUUGGAAACACUGACAGAUUUAAUUCCCUUGGCCGUGCACAGGGAGCCUAUCCUGUGGUUUCCAUUCAUGCAGUGGGUUGAGAAAAUCAACAUUCUGCAAUUUAAACACUGAUCCAUAUCUCUGUAACAACAAAAAGGAUCAUCUUAAAUCCUUACGCUGCUUCACUCACACACCGUCUCUGUUGCUGGGAAUCUGACUCUCAGAUGCAGAGUUAGAGUAAUGCAGUGUGAAAACAGGCCCUUCGGCCCAACAUGUCUGUGCCAACCACAGAGCCUACCUGAGCUAGUCCCAUUUGCCUGUGUUUGGCCCCUAUCCCUCUAAACCUUUCCUAUCGUAUCUAAAUGUUGUAAUUGUACCUAUAUCUACCACUUCCUCUGGCAGCUCGUUCCAUAAACCCACCACCCUCUGGGUGAAACACCUCCUUUAAGAGAAAAGUUUCCUUUAAAUCUCACCCCGCUAAACAUAUGCCCUCAGGUUUUAGACUCCCCUACCCUGGGAAGAAGACUCUAGCUAUUCACAUUGUGAUUUUAUAAACCUUUAUAAGGUCACUGAGUGCUCCAGUUAGGAAUUGGUGCCUUCCCUGGCCUGUAUGAGACUCCUGACCCACAGCAUUGUGGUUGACUGCCUCUGCAGUGUCUGAGCAAGCCACUGAACUGUCCAUUACCACUGGAGUAAAACACUGACGGGUAGAACUGAGACACGAGAUUCUGCACAUGCUGGAAUCUGGAGCAACACACACAAAGUGCUGGAGGAACUCAGCGGGUCAGGCAGCAUCUAUGGAGGGAAAUGAACAGUCAACGUUUUGGGCCGAGACCCUUCAUCAGGACAAACAGCCCACCAUCAACCAAGGCACCAAGUGCAGAGACGGCAAAGCGUCUCCUAACCCAGUCAACCUUGCAAACCUCCACCCACCCCGCCCCCCCCCCCCCCCCCCCCGACCAUCGCCUGGGGAUGUGUGUAAGUUGAGAGAAAUGGCUCUCGGUCUGGUCAAGCUACAACAGGACAUGGCUGUACUCGCAAGUAAUGAGCCAGGCUCCAGCACACAGUCCUUGUAAACAACCCAUCAGCAGUGCAGAGCCAGCAGAGGUGGUGGUACAGUGGUGUACAGGGAGGGAGAACAUCAAGAGCAGGAGGAGGCCAUCCGGCCCGUCGAGCCUGCUCCGCCAUUCAGUAAGAUCACGGCUGGUCUGGCUGUGGACUCAGAUCCACCCACCUGUCUUUCCCCAUAACCCGUAAUUCCCCUACUGUACAAAAAUCUGUCUAAAUGUGUAUUAAAUAUAUUUCAUGAAGUAGCCUCCACUGCUUCCCUGGGCAGUGAAUUCCACAGAUUCACUACCCUCUGGGAAAAGCAGUUUCUCCUCAUCUCUGUCCUAAAUCUGUUCCCCCAAAUCUUGAGGCUAUGUCCCCUAGUUCUGGGAUGUUAUGGUGAGGUUGUGGUGAGGUUGUAUGAGACAUUGGUGAGGCCACAUUUGGAGUAUUGUGUGCAGUUCUGGUCACCUAACUAUAGGAAGGAUAUUUGUAAGAUUGAAAGAGUGCAGAGGAGAUUUACUAGAAUGUUGCCGGGUCUUCAGGAGGUGAGUUACAGGGAAAGAUUGAACAGGUUAGGACUUUAUUCCUUGGAGUGCAGAAGAAUGAGGUGAGAUUUGAUAGAGGUUUACAAGAUGAUGAGGGGUAUAGACAGGGUUAAUGCAAGUAGGCUCUUUCCACCUAGAUUAGGAGAGAUAAGUACGAGAGGACAUGGCUUUAGGGUGAAAGGGGAAAAGUUUAGGGAGAACAUUAGGGGGAACUUCACUCAGAGAGUGGUGGGAGUGUGGAACGAGCUGCCAUCUGAUGUAGUAAAUGCGGGCUCACUCGAGUUAAAAGAAUAAAUUGGAUAGAUACAUGGAUGGGAGAGGUCUGGAGGGUUAUAGACUGGGUGCAGGUCAAUGGGACUAGCGGAAUAAAGUUUUGGCACAGACUAGAAGGGCCGAAUGGCCUGUUUUCUGUGCUGUAGUGUUUUAUGGUUCUAGUCUCAACCACCAGUGGAAACAACUUUGCUGCCUCUAUCUUACCUAUCCAUUUUAUAUGUUUCUAUAAGAUCCCCUCUCAUUCUUCCAAAUUCCAGCGAGUACAGUCCCAGAUGACUCAAUCUCUCCUCAAACCCCCUCAUCUCCGGAUUCAACCUGGUGAACCUCCUCUGCACUGCCUCCGAAGCCAGUAUAUCCUUCCUCAAGUAAGGAGACCAGAACUGCACACAAGCACUCCCAAGUCCCUCUGCACAACAGCAUGCUGCAAUCUUUCAAUCUUUCUGCGGCAGGUAGUGAGAGAACCAACACCAGGCAUCCUCUACACUGACUCCAGGCCACAUGAUGGCUCACGUAUCAGGUCAAACGUGGCCAGGAAAUCCUCCUCCUGUUCUCCCUCCGCUGAUCAAUCACUGCCCCUCCAUGUUGAACAAAGCACAGAAGCCCUGAGAGUAGUGAGACACAGAAUGUACUCUGCGUGAGGACUUCAGUGUCCAUCAGCCAGUAGUCUUGGUAUCUCCCCCACAGACUGAGCUGAGUGCUGAAGGACAGAGCUGCCCGACCAGGGAUCAAUGUGAGCCGAUCCUCACCGAUCCACCUGCAGCAGAUGCAUCUGUCCGUGACAGCAGUGGGAGAAGUGACCCCCACACAGUCCGUGUGGAGACAAAGGCCCGUCCUCGCACCGAGGGCUCCCUCCAUCCUGUGGUGUGUCCCUGCAACCGUGCUCAACGGGAGAGACACAGCACAGAUCUGGCAGCUCAACACUGGGCGUCCGUCAGACGUUGGUCCGUCAGCAGAAGUGUUGAGCACGCCGGCUGUCAGCCCAUGGCUUAGUGUGUUCCCUGCUCUACUGACACUGUCCCACCAGGGGGGCAAUGGGUCCGGGGGCGUUGUGGGAGCAGCACCAGGCAGAGCCACAGACGAGGAAGCUGGAGCACAGACUGCAGACACUCCACAACACACAGCAGGCAACAGACAGAGAUAGGCACGUCAGCACAGAUCAGACGGUAGUUCUGCAGUCUGACCACAUCCAGUCGUGAAUGGUGGUGGACAACAAGACAGUAAACAGGAGGAGAGGUUCCCAGAACCUCCCAUCCUCAGUGACGGUGGGACCCACUGUGUGAGUGUUGGAGACACGGCUGAAGAAAUCACAACCGUGUUCAGUCAGGAGUGCCCGGGGCUGACCCAUCACAGUUCCUGCUGAGAUCCCCAGCGUUACAGAAACCAGUCUCCGGACAGUCUGAAUCACUUCACGUGAUAUCAGGAAAUGACAGAGAGCACUGGACACAGAGAAGUCUGUGGGUCAGGCAACAUCCCAGCUCUAGUACUGAAGACCUGAACUCCAGAACAGCCACAAGCACAACUGGACCAACCACAUCAAUAGGUCAGAGACUGAGUAUCCUGUGGUUAAACUCACCUCCUCACCGAGGCUUUCUAACAUCUACAGGGCAAGUCAGGAGCAUGAGGAAUACUCUCCACUUGCCUGGAUGAGUGCAUCUCCAACAACUCUCAAGCUUGUACGUUCUCCCCGUGUCUGCGUGGGUUUCCUCCGGGUGCUCCGUUUUCCUCCCACAUUCCAAAGACGUACGGGUCAGUAGGCUAACGUGGGUGUAAUUGGGCGGCGCAGGCUUGUUGGGCCGGAAGGGCCUAUUACCAUGCUGUUGAGAUAAUUUUAAAACUUUUAACAAAGGAUACAGGGAACACCACUACCUGACUCGGAAGUAAGUCUGUCCUUCACCUUCACUGGGUUUAAGUCCUGGAACUCCCUUCCCAACAGAACUGGAACACCUUCUCCGGAAACACAGCAGCUGUUCCAGAGGCAGCUCAGCCACACCUUCUCAGGGGCAAUGCGGAUGGGCAAUACAUGCUGGUGUUGCCGUUGGUGACUGAAUCCCCAGAAAGAAGGAGUUUCUGUCUCACAGGGAGCUUCCAGCCCUUCCUGUUUUCUGUCAUGCCCAGUCGCUGCAACAGUUUGAGUUUAUUCUGACAGAGGUGGAGAAACAUUUACAACAAAAAUAUUACCCCUUCCCUUCUUCCUGAGGAGCUUUGUAAACAGUAGUUUUGUUAGUAAAUCUGUACACCGAGGCCAAGAGAACACUGAACCAUUCACUGCACUGGUCCCCCGUACUAGGGCCAGAACGGACUGCUUCACCUCAGUGUCACAAAGCCAGCAAUGGUUAACGUGAUUAGACAGAUACCAGCAAGGCAACAUGACGAUUAGAAGUGCAGCACUAGGUCGCACUCUGGUGUGAAUUACACGGGAUAUGGGUGUCUCUGUGCUAAUGCUCCAAGAAUUAGUUUGUGUGCAUAGUGUGUUGUAUUUAGAGAAACACAUGAUGCAAUUAGGUGAUGCUGUGGGAAAGUUACUUAUAUUGUAGGGGAUGUUGGUGAAAUGAUAUGAUCCCACUGUAUAUGUGGAUAUUGUAAAGUAAAUUGGUGUGUGUUUUGAUUUAUGAAUUUAAAAUCAUCACAAUUUGACCUGUAAUGGACCCACUGUUCAUUACUUGAAGCA